UCCUCGGGAAAUGCUACUACCAUGAUUGCAAUUGUCGCGCACGCCUUCGCCAGUCAGACUGCUCUACCACUGUUGCGCCCGGGGUCCAAAGACGCAUCACCCAGAGUGGAAACAUGCAGCCAGGAGCGGCUCUGCAGGCUGUGCUGCUGGCGGUGCUGCUGGCGGGGCCACGGGGCGUGAAAAGUCGCCUUCUGAGCGCAGCCUCGGAUUCGGACCCCAGAGGAGGGCAGCUGGUUUGCCGGGGAGGGACACAGAGGCCUUGUUAUAAAGUCAUUUAUCUCCAUGAUGCUUCUCGAAGACUGAACUUUGAGGAAGCCAAAAAAGCCUGCAGGAGGGAUGGGGGCCACCUAGUCAGCAUCGAAUCUGGAGAUGAGCAGAGAUUGAUAGAAAAGUUCAUUGAAAACCUCUCAGCAUCUGAUGGUGAUUUCUGGAUUGGACUCAGAAGGCAUGAAGAGAAGAGAAGCAACAGCACAGCCUGCCAAGACCUUUAUGCUUGGACUGAUGGCAGCAUGUCAAAAUUUAGGAACUGGUAUGUGGAUGAGCCUUCCUGUGGUAGUGAAGUCUGUGUAGUCAUGUACCAUCAGCCUUCAGCACCUGCUGGCAUUGGGGGCCCCUACAAGUUCCAGUGGAAUGAUGACCGAUGCAACAUGAAGAACAACUUUAUUUGCAAAUAUUUUGAUGAGAAACCAACUGCUCCUUCCACAAGACCUGGAGGUGAAAGAAUAGAGCCAGCAACACCCACAAUUCCAGAGGAAACACAGAAAGAAGAUGCCAAAGAAACAUUUAAAGAAAGUAAAGAAGCUUCCUUGAAUCUUGCCUACAUCCUAAUCCCCAGCAUUCCCCUUCUCCUCCUCCUUGUGGUCACCACAGUCAUAUGUUGGGUUUGGAUCUACAGAAGGAGGACACGGGAACAGGCAGACCCUAGCAUAAAAGGAAAACACAACAUCUGGCCCUCUCCUCACCAAGAACACAGCCCAGACCUAGAGGUUUACAACGUCAUAAGAAAACAAAGUGAAGCCGAUUUAGCUGAGCCCCGUCCAGACCUGAAGAACAUUUCAUUCCGGGUGUGUUCAGGAGAAGCCACUCCUGACAACAUGUCUUGUGACUAUGACAACAUAGCUGUGAACCCUUCAGAAAGCGGGUUUGUGACUAUGGCAAGUGUGGAAAGUGGAUUUGUAACCAAUGACAUUUAUGAGUUCUCCCCUGACCAAAUGGGGAGGGGCAAGGAAUGCAGAUGGGUAGAAAAUGAAAUAUAUGGUUACUAGGACACAUGAAAAAAAAAAAUUUGAACUGAUAAGAAUGGAAAAUAUGUAAGAAGAAAAUUCUCCUAUUUUCUAUAAAGGGAAGUACUCAGAAUGUCUAUGAAAAUGCUCAGAUCAGGUCCUGGGGGUGAGCAUGUGAUCCCCACUAACCCCUGUUGGGUUCCCAAGUUCUGGCUUUAUCCCUUGUCCCAGUCUCUUUCUCACCCAGCUGGACCUUAUGAAAAAGCACCUUGGGGGCUGGGAUUGUGGCUCAGAGGUGGAGCGCUUGCCUAGCGUGUGUGAGGCAC